AAGUCAUUGCAGAGUGAAAAUUCUCCUCUCUAGAAGUUCCCUGGCAAAUCCUUACUCCGGAUACGGGUGGGAGAACAUAAACAUACGCUAGCUUACCAUUUUGUGAACAAAAGGAAGGGAGUCGGGCAUAUAAAAUUGUCUGUCUGUCUGUAUGUAUGUUUGUACUAACUGACGAAAGUGCCGGUCUCAAUUGCAACAGUUAUUUCAAGAUGGCGUCAAGCAUGGGUGCUAGGAAUUCUGUCGGACAACUUCAAUUUACUUUGGAAGUUCCUUUUCCAUCUCAAAGGGAGGCAUCUAUUGCUGUCCAGUCCUUGAUUCCUGAUUGUGAGCCUAGAAAAGGAGGCAUCACAAAAACUCUUAGUGUUUCAGCCAACAUACUGUCUGUAAAGUGGACUGCUGAAGAGGCCCGCAUUCUUCGUGUAUCUGUAGGCUCAUUUUUAGAUCACCUAGCACUGGUAAUGGAAACAAUGGAUGCAUUUGGACGGAUUGUUCAACAGUGAAAGUAAUCAGUAACUGACUUGGCUUAUUUUGUUGUAAGAGAUAGUCAACUAAUGCUGCCGAUAGAGAGAACACAAAGUGCCACUCAAGGAAUGGAGCAUAUUUUCAGGAUUAUAAUUUACUUGUUGACUAAUUACAAAAGGACUUUUAAAAUUUACUGAUUUUCAAUGUCUUUUUGCAAUUUUGUACUUGUAUUCAAAAUAAAUUGUUGAAAAAAAUCCCA